AUGGAAAAUCCUGUAGUGAAUCCUCAUGUUCCCUACAGCGGGAAGAUUCCCGGUGGUUUGGUGCCCGGAAGAAUGUGCAGAAUUCAAGGAGUAAGCCACCCUGAAGCUGAUAGGUUUGACAUAAAUUUCCAAACAGGCCCUAACGCAGAACCUCAAGACGAUACAUCAUUGCAUAUUUCUGUGAGACACAAUCAGGGCUACAUAGCCAGAAACUCUUACAAAGAUGAGGAAUGGGGAGAAGAAAUGGGAAGCGGGGAUCUCCCGAUCGGCCACACGGAACCCUGGGAAAUUAUCAUUCUGGUGGAUGAAUAUGAUUAUAAGGGAAUAACCGGUUUGGGUGAAGGAGGAGGAGAAAGUGCGACCAAAGCUUCGGCGUUAAAGUCCCAAGGGGGGCCCCAAUUCGGGGGAUACGCGCCGCCCCAAGGGGGAUAUGCGCCGCCCCAAGGGGGAUAUGCGCCGCCUCAAGGCCCAGGGGCAUAUGCGCCGCCGCAGGGCUACGGUGGCUACGGUGCUGCUCCUGGAUAUGGGGGCCCACCUCAAGGUUACGGACCACCACCGCCUCCUGGGGCGCAACCUCAGGGUGGUUUCGAUUUCUUGGAUACGGCUCAAAGCUUGCUGGCCGGUGCUAUUAAAAGUGGUGCUGCCGCAAAUAUCCUUAAAGGAUUUAUGUCCUCGGGAUCUCAGCCUAAAGGACAAGGAUAUGAACACCACAAUGCUAAAUAUGGAAUCUAUCCCGACCUUCCCCAAGACACGAAUUUAAAUAUAGACCCGAACAAGCGCGAACCGAGCACCGUCGAAAAAUUGCUAACCGGCUUACUCUCCGGAUCGAGCCCCCAACAAACCGCCGGCGCCGGUCCCAUUUCCCAAAACCAACCAGUCGACAUCGGCGCCAUGCUAACGAACUUGCUGAGCGGCCAUCAAUCGAGCCAGGCGGCGCCCUCUCACGGCGCCCCGCAAACGAACGCUCCGGGCGCCCAACCGCCCGCCGGAGACAUCGGCAGUCUCCUAUCCUCGCUGUUGUCCGGCGGCAACCAAGGCGAAAAACCCCACGGCGCGGGCCCCAAUCCAGCCCCCAAUCAAGGCGCUGACUUGAACAAUCUCUUGUCCGCGCUUCUGUCGGGCUCUGCUACUAGACCUUUGCAGGAGAAUACCGGCGCUGGUCACCAACAGCCCCACGGCGGUAGCCAACCGCAAGGGAACGAUUUCGGUUCGUUACUGUCCGGAUUACUGUCGGGCGGUUCUAAUCAGAACGCUCCGGGUUACCAGCACCCGCCGGGUCAUCAAUCAACGCAACAAACGCAGGGGCUCGAUCUGAAUUCCUUGCUGUCGGGUUUGUUGUCCUCCACGGGGGGACAGCAACAGGCUGGAGGGUACGAAGCGCCUAGAACGGGCGGCGGGUACCAGCCGCCGAGGCCGGUACCGCAGCCCAGAAGGGACGACGGUGCUCCCGGCGCGGACUCGCAAAGACACGAUCCCGCUCGGGCACAACGAGAGGCUAAACCUGACGAGAUAAAUGAUGUGACCGAUGCGUUUGAAAGGGAAGUAGGCCGGGCUGGAGGUGGCGGUACUAAUCAAAGGCCUCAUGGAGGUCAAGGUGACGAGGUGGGCAAGGACAAGGAGCUCAACAACCGCACCAUCCUCCCCAAUUUGGAGGUGGCCCGUCACUUGGUGGACUUGGAAGCAUGA